CGUCACGGCAACACACCGCACCUCUGCUUUCACACAGGAUUAUGGUAAACACACACACAGGGCAGAGAGAUAGACAGGUCUCAGCUGUUCGUCCUGAAGCUGUCUCACCCGUCUCACCCGUCUCACCUCCCUGGCUGCUGCAGAGGGAGGGAGUUCCAGUUGACUCCCCGACGCCGUCGAGCUCAUCUCCUGCUAUGAAAAUCAGAUCAUUGAUUUGAUCAUUAUGAGUCUGGUCAACAGUAAACAGGAAGUGAUUCUACAGGUCGAAAAGGUCAAAGCUUCAGCAGCAGCAGCAUCAUGGAGGCCAGAGGGGCGGAGCCAGAGGACCACGCCCUCAGGUCGACGGCCGCGGAACAGCUGACAAGUUCUGAUACUACUUCCGAUACUACAACUAAUACUACCACUGAUACUACUGAUACUACUACCGAUACAACCACUGAUACUACCAGUACUACCACUGAUACUACCAGUACUAAUAUUGAUACUACCAGUACUACUGCUGAUACUACUACUGAUACUACCAGUACUAUUACUGAUACUACCAGUACUACUGCUGAUACUACUACUGAUACUACCAGUACUAUUACUGAUACUACCAGUACUACUGCUGAUACUACUACUGAUACUACCAGUACUACUAGUGAUACUACAACUGAUACUACCAGUACUACCACUGAUACUACCAGUACUACUAAUGAUACUACCAGUACUACCACUGAUACUACCAGUACUACUACCAGUACUAUCACUACAACUGCAGCUGAUGGUUGUACUUCCUCUGUGUCUCCUGCUGAUCAACCAGCAGGUGGUGAGGAGCUGACCUCUGACCUCCAGCCAGGAGCGACAGAGGAGGAGUCUUCGACCAGAGACAGACCAGAUCGUCCCAGCAGUCUGCCCUUGUCCAGCACGCGACCAGUGAAGAAGAAGGUGCUGGUGGCUCCGCCCCUCAGUUUGUCUCUUGGUCGCAGCGAGUCCACGGUCUCUGACGACUUCCUGUCGGGCAUCCUCUCCCCCGCCCCCGAAGACGACGAUGACACAGGGCUGGACUUCGACCUGGAUGCCAUGGAAACGCCCUCUGACACCGAGUCGCUGCACUUCCCUGUCUAUGACCUCGACCUGGAGGACGACCUGCGGCGUCUGGGUGUGGCAUCCCACCGCCGUAGACCGGUCGGCUCCGGUCCCAGGUCCAGGUCCGACUCUGUUCUGGGGCUGGACGCCCUGGAGAGGGAGGACGUGCUGGACGCUCAGGGCACCAGGUGGCGCUGUUUCUCCUCAGGCGAGCCGCUGCACCAGAGCCGCGUCAACAUGAGCGUCCUGCAGCCGUUCCUCCGGGUGCUGUCCCACGGAGGUUACUAUGGAGACGGUAUGAAUGAUAUCAUCGUGUUCUCCUCCUGUUACCUGCCACAGAACCGUCUGGAGAACUACCAGCACGUGAUGGACAACCUGUUCAGGUACGUCGUGGGGACUCUGGAUCUGAUGGUUGCAGAAAACUAUGUGAUGGUUUAUCUUUGUGCCGGAGGUCAGAAAGACAAACUCCCAGAAUUCAGCUGGCUCAGGGAGUGUUACACCACCAUCGACAGGAGACUGAGGAAGAACCUGAAGUUUUUCUACGUGGUUCAUCCGACCUGGUACAUCAAAGCUCUGAUCACCAUCAUCAAACCCUUCAUCAGCUCUAAGUUCAGCAGGAAGCUCCGGUUCAUCAACAGCCUUCAGGAACUGUCGGACUUCCUCCCCACUGAGCAUGUGCAGAUCCCAGACUGCGUCCGACAGUACGACCAGAGUCUGACCAGGUGAAACAAACUCUGAUGUUUUAUAUAUUUCAUCUCCUCUGUGUCCAGCAGGUGGCGGUUCCGUUCGUCUCAAACAGUGUUCACAAAUUGUUAUUACAAAGUAAACAUACUUUUAUUAAUCUAAAGAAAAAGAUCAAUGUCAUUUCAGUUUUACUGUUCGAACAAACGUUUUAUUUACGAUAUAUACAUACAUUUCUCAAAAGAAAACUCAACAGAACAAAUAAAGGACACUUGUGCUCAGUUUUUUCAGCAGGAGUUGAACCGUCGUCUCUGUCGGUGCCUUGCUUCAAAACAAAACAGUUUUUAUGUCAGAGGUGUUUUAAUAAAAUCAUGAUGGUUGAUUUUUUGAAUCUUUA